CGUUGGCCUCGCGGGCGGAGCAGGCGAUGUUAAUGAGCCGAGUUGCCGGGUGAGCCAGGAACUUCAUUCCUUUUUCUAUCAGGAUCGCAGAAAUUAUGCCCCUUCUCUCACCAUGAACUGGCUGUCCAAUUCCCAGGGAGUGGUGUUAACUGCCUACCACCCCAGCGGCAAGGACCAGGCCGUCGGGGGGAGUCUCCCCGAGGGAGGCGAGCAAGCCAUCUCCAGUCGCAGAUAUGGCCAGUAUACUAUAAAUCAGGAAGUCACCAAAGAUACGGAAAAAUGUGCAUUUGGUCAAUCAAGUUCCCAGGAUUCUUUGCACGAUUUGCCUGUGGAGGACUACUAUAUGGAACUAGAAGAUAUGAAUAUAUCUAGUGAGACCAAACAAGAUCAAGAGGUGGUUAUUGUCAAAGAACCUGAUGAGGGUGAAUUGGAAGAAGAGUGGCUUAAGGAGACUGGUUUCUCCAGUCUCGUUGGAGAGUCUGCUGGAGAUCCCCAAGAAAGCAUGAUACCUCUUUCUACACUGACCCGGACCCAGGCAGCAGCUGUUCGGAAACGGGUAGAAACUGUCUCCCAGACCAUGAGGAAAAGAAACAAACAGUACCAGAUUCCUGAUGUCAGAGAUAUAUUUGCUCAACAGACAGAGUUAAGCAAAAAAGCUCCAGAUGGCACUGAAUCGCAGUCAGUCAGAACACAUGAAAACAAAUAUCACGAAAAAGAUGGCCAGGCACCUAGCCUAGAAGUUGAUGUAAAGCACCUCAGUGCACCAGUACCUGAGAAGGCGCCUGCCUCUGAAACAGAUAUCAACCUAGAGGUGUCAUAUGCAGAGCAAGCAGUCAAUCAGAAAGAGAACUCCAAGGAUAAGACCCAUUGUGACAAAGGCGAUGAUGCCCUGUUAUCUAAUUGCAGAUCACAAAAUGACAAAACAGGCAUCACCAGGAUUGGUGACCUAGCACCGCAGGACAUGAAGAUCAUUUGCAAGUUAGCCCUACUUGAGCUGACCGCCCUCUAUGAUGUCCUGGGUGUUGAACUGAAACAACAAAAGGCUAUGAAAAUCAAAACAAAAGAUUCUGGCCUUUUUUGUGUUCCAUUGACAGUAUUGUUAGAACAAGAUCAGAAGAAAGUUCCAGGAACUCGAAUACCCUUGAUAUUGCAAAAACUGAUUUCACGAAUUGAAGAGGAGGGAGGUUUGGAAACUGAAGGCCUUUUAAGGAUACCUGGUGCUGCCACUCGGAUCAAGAAUCUAUGCCAGGAACUGGAAACAAAGUUUUAUCUCGGGACUUUUAACUGGAAAUGUGUCAAGCAGCAUGAUGCAGCCAGCCUGCUGAAGCUCUUCAUCCGGGAGCUACCCCAGCCGCUGCUCACUGUAGAAUACCUCAAAGCCUUUCAGACUGUCCAGAAUCUUCCAACCCAGAUCCAACAGCUACAGGCUUUGAACCUUCUUGUCAUCCUUCUACCUGAUGCAAACAGAGAUACCCUAAAGGCCUUGCUUGAAUUUCUUCAAAGAAUAAUAGACAAUAAAGAGAAAAAUAAGAUGACUGCCAUGAAUAUAGCAAUGAUUAUGGCCCCAAAUCUCUUCAUGUUUCAUACAUUGGACCUGAAAUGCAGUGAACAACAAAAAAUUGUAAUGGCAGCUGGCACAGCGAAUAUCAUGCUCUUAUUGAUUAAGUUUCAAAAGUGUCUGUGGACAAUCCCCAAGUUCAUUGUCAGCCAAAUGAGGAUACGAAAUGCUGAAAUUCAGAGAAAAGAUAGAAGAGCCAUGAAGAAAUUGCUGAAAAAAAUGGCUUAUGACCGAGAAAAAUACGAAAAGCAAGAUAAGAGUGCAAAUGAUGCUGACGUUCCUCAGGGAGUGAUUCGAGUGCAAGCUCCCCAUCUUUCGAAAGUUUCCAUGGCAAUACAGCUAACUGAAGAACUAAAAGCCAGUGAUGUACUAGCCAGGUUUCUCAGCCAAGAAAGUGGGAGUGCCCAGACUCUCAAGAAAGAGGAAGUUUUUUUGUAUGAAGUUGGAGGAAAUAUUGGGGAGCGCUGCCUUGAUGAUGACACUUACAUGAAGGACUUAUAUCAGCUCAACCCAAAUGCUGAGUGGGUUAUAAAGUUAAAGCCAUCGUAGAAGCUACAGAUAACCACGAGGACUCUUUAAUAUACUUGCUGGGUCAAGAGUGUAAAUAAAAGGAAUGGCAGCCCUCUUUCAUUAUUCAAAUGUAUCCAACUCUUGAGUACUGACUUCUCAAGUCUUAAACAGUUAUAGACUUGUGCUGCUGCCAGAAUUAUGUUAAUGAUAAUUAUUAAUGUUAUUAGAAAACAGGUCUUUCUGAAGUAAGAGGAAAAAGGGUUUAAUAGCUUGUAGGCUAUUUACAUGUACCCCAGUGCACCCAGAUGUGACUGAUUUUUUUAAUAUGAAAAUAUGCCCUCAUCCUUUUCAUAUUUUUUCCCCCUAACAAUCAUAUAGAUGUUGUCUUACCUUUCUCUACUUCUUACAUCUGCCUUCUCUCAAUUAGAUUUGUUUUUUUAGCCAAGAGGAUAAUAAAUACCAGGUAUGGCAAGUUGCAAAGACAGUACAUCUUAAAACAGUCUGAAUUCAACAAUUUUCCUGUCUCUAUCAAAUGUUAAUAUUCAUCUCUUUGAGUCAUUUGUUCAAACAAUACUCUCUGCUUCCUGCUGCAUCACAUGAAACGAUUUGCAUUUUUUUCAGUUCAUCUGACAUAUGUGCACAGAACUGUAUCCACUAUCAAGAAAAUAGAACCUUCAGAGACUGCCAAUUA